UCAGCUUGCUGAGCGGGUCCAUUCCUCUGUGGGGGUUGUGGAAAUUCCCGGAAUUAGUAACGGCAGCGAGCCACCCGUAUUACCACACAUGUGAAAUGACAAAACCGGCAGUGGGAGUGGCCAGGAUAACCUUGGUGUGAGGCGGCUGGCUGAGCGGCUGGAGAGCAGCGCGAGAGGCUGAAUGGUGAGGCGGUGGAGUAUCAGCGUAGUGCUGGCGUGAACAUGGCGGAGACCGUGCGCUCGGUCUUCGAAUACCGGGAUCCACACGGCGACGGAGAAGGCGUCAAAGCGGCACCACCAACUCGCGGGCGUGGCUGUGGAAGGAAAAGAAAAGGGACACCUGUGAAGGUCUUUGUAACACACACUGAGGAAGAGAGCGUGCCUGAGCAAAGCAUCAGCCCAGGUGAUCGAAAGGAGGGAGGAGAGAGUAAACGUCCAUCACUGGACGCACCUUCCUACAUCACACACCCUCCUCAUCACACCUGCGGUCCACCAGAGCAGACUCGAGAUAAGGUCUCCCGUGGAUCCAAGGUCAGCUCAGCGUCCACCCCGGCUCCGCCUCCCACUGCUUCCUCAGCCCCGACGCUGACCCCUGUGCCCGCUCCGGCCCCAGCCACCACAGCUUCAGCUCAGGGCCCGACUCUGACCCCAGCUUCCACAGCUCCAGCUGCUCCCACUGCCUCGGCGCCGGCUCCGACAGCCAUGUCCUUCCCUCCAUCCCCCAACUGCCGCAUCAGGGAGGUCCAUUGUGGCAGCCAGGUGCGCCUGGUCGUUAUCGCCAUUCGAGACAUCACCAAGGGAGAGGAGAUCACCGUUGACUACAGCCUGACCGAGUGGGGAGAGAAUCUAGGUUUCCGUGCAACUGUGUCUCCAGCGCAACCGGAGUGUAACUCAGACUCUGAAAAUAGCAACAAUAUGAAAAAGGUCCAGGAAGACGAGCCCCUCUCUCUGACCGCCCAGCAGCAUCGGCAGCAGCAGCAGCAGGAGUUUGUCACCCCGUCCUGGUCCCUCUCCCCAUCUUCUUCCCCCGUCUCUCACUCUGACGCCAGCGACUCUGACGCUGCAGAUGAAGACAACUCCAGCCCCCGUGGUCGUGCACUUCGCCGGCGGAAGAAGCGUCGUGGCACUCCUUCCAAAAAAAAGAUCCCCCAUCGGACCUCACCCCGACGCCCUUCGCCUGUCUCCCCCUCCAGCGUCCCACAUCAUAACCGUACCUUACCUUUGUCCCCGUCUCCUGCCUGCUCAUCUUCCUUCCCCUCCUCAAGUUCGACCAAACCUGAAUUCAAAACUCCAACCUGUUUGGAUUCUGGGAACGGGGGAAAUCUCACCGCAAAUGUCCCAAGAGAAGGAGUGUCCACCGACUCCACACGCCAAACCUGUGAACACUGCGGACGCCACUUCCGCUCACUGGGCCGCCACCUGGACAAACACCACGCCCACCAGCCUGACGUGUGCUCCGCUCUCGUCGAGCGCUACACACAGAUGCCACGUCUGCAUGCGCAUGGCACAAACUCUGCUUCACUGCACUCUCACACAGAGAACCACUCCAGGUUCUCCCAGGUCAGAGGACAGAGCAGUGUCCAGGACCUGUCCAUGACCCCACCCUCUCUCACCUCAGCAGACCAAUCCCACGACUCCUCUGGGAGAAGCUCCACCAGUCCUGUCCUGACUCCCCUGCACGGGCAGAACGCAGUGGCAGUGUCCGUCCUAAAGAGGAGCCCCCCACCUGUGGCGGUGACACAGUCCAGGAAAGGAGGGGUGAGGAGAUUAAAGAAAGAAAAAAGGAUGGAGGAAGAGGAGGACAUGGAAGAUGUAAAUAUGGAUGUAGUGGACAUAAAGAAAGAGGAGUCAAAAGAGGAGGAGGAGUUGGAGGUGGUGUCCCCUCAGUCCUUCAACAGCAAAACAGCUGAAAAAAUAGCAGCACCAAAAAAAGAGGAGGAUGAAGAGGAGGAAGAAAAUGAUGUGAAUGGAAUCAUGGAAAUUGAGGAUGACAGUGGGACGGAGGAAAAAGAAAAGGAGUUGCUGAGUGGUUCAGGCCGUCACCACAUGCUGCCCCUCCUGUCCUCUCUGUCCUCUCUGGUCCUGUACCUCCGUCGGCUCCAGCACUCUGCGUUCCUGUCUCUGUCCCGGCAGCUGCAGUCCUCCGAGGCCUGGCGCCUGCUCUGCCACUCCAGCCUGGCGCUCCUCAUCCUGUACAACCGAAGACGCGAGUGCGAGGUCUCCAAGUUGACCAUCGCCGAGUAUCGCGUUCGCGUCACCCCUCAGUGCCCUGUCCCCGUCCCUCCUGGUGCCCCCCCAGCUCUCACGCCGCUGGAGGCUUCCCUCUCCCCGUUUGAGCGACUCGUUCUUCCUCAUCUGCCUAGAGUCGGGGUCCAGGGGAAGCGCGGGCGCAUCCAGCCGCUCAUCCUCCCCCCACACUGCGAGCCCUGUCUGGAGCUGCUCCUGCAGACCCGUCAUGAUGUCGGCAUAGACCCCGUCAACCCGUACAUCUUUGCCCGCCCCUACCACUCUCCUGCCACCCCUCUGCGCGGCACCGACCUCCUCCGUAGCCUGGCCCGCUCCAGCGGCACCCGCAACCCCAGGGCCUUGACCCAGGCCAGGGUCCGCCGGCAGGUGGCCAUCCUGACCCAGCUGCUGCUGCUGGGGGAGGGAGAGGAGCCGGGGCAGCCAGGAGGCGGCGCUGUGGAGCGGCUGGAGCACUUCCUAGAGAGGGAGUACCACGUGACGCAGAUCUGCACCGGAAUCGGCCAAGACCCGGGUUUGAUGGGCAGAGUGGGCCGAGUGGUGCUGUGUGGGGAGAGAGACGGCGUUCUGUUCAGAGGGAUGAGCCUGAACCACAUCUGCCUGGAGCUGGAUGUUUUGUCAGGAAACUCUGCGGACUCUUUCUCGGAGGGAGACUCGGAUGGGGAACAUGUGAAAGAGAAGCCCCUGGUGACCCCCCCGACCUCUGCUCUGAGCCCUCCACCCACCCUGCUUUACGUCAGGAAAGGCAAAAACAACGGCAGGGUGGGGCGGCCCAAGAAGAUCAAGAACGUCCAAUCAGCCUUUUCCCCGCUGCUCCCUCCUCCACCUCUUCCACCUGCAAACCGCAGGAGAGGCUCAGGGAAGCGAGGGGUCCUGAAGCGUCCCUGGUCAGAGGCGGAGCGUGCAGCAGUUGAAGAGCAUCUAACCAAAAACAUCAAUGAGCUCCGUGUCCCCGCGAAGGCCGACUGCGAACGCUGCCUGCAGCAGUGCCCUCUGUUGGUCAACAACCACCGUGACUGGCGAGCGGUCAAGUUCUACUGUCACAACCGGAUUCAGCUGCUGAAGAAAAACCAGCGGCGUGAAAGCCAACCACAGCCGCUCACCGUCUGCUGAGAGAGCGGGAGACCCGGGGUGCUUUUUUUAAAUUUUUUUAUUUUAAAUUCAGAGCAGCCAAUCUUAUCACAUGCUGGCCUGCUUUCCUUAAAACGGAUACAUUUGGAGAGUCCUUAUUUCACUAACUCUCUGAGAGUGGACCUUUUUGUUUUACAAAAGAGAAAAAAAAAUCUUCUGCUCAGUUUUAAGGUCUUAAAUUAACACUAGAGUGAGUAUGAUGUUCCUACUCUGAAAGCUGGUUGGAUGAAGAACAGUGGAAGUGGAUCGCAGCGUCUGCCACUUCCUGGCUGAGUUCGUGUAGAAGGAUGUAAUAUCCUCUAUCCAGAAUACAUACACUAUAGAGAUGUGUUAAAAAGAAGGGCAGCUGAUCCCUACUGUGUUGAACAGACUUUGUGAAGUAGCAUUAGUCUUCAGAACAAUGGGAGACGUUUGUAGGACAUGGCCUGUGCUCAUCGUUUUCAACUAAGAUUUCUCCUAAGAUAAGCUAGUUCUUCUUUUCAGACAAUUGACUGUGCUAUUCUUACUAUGGUUUAAGUGAUAUUUGGACCUUUAAUGACACACAAGGUACUACAUUUCUAAAGUAAACCCCCCACUCCAAAGAAAACACAACAUUUCAUCAGCAUGGAGCUAAGAGUUUGGUACUUAGAGUUCACAGCUUCAUAAAGUCCAAAAAGUUUUAAACUGCUGUGAAAGCCUGUUGUCUUUUGUCUGCUUUUCAGUCUGUCUGAGUUGUGUUGCUGCCCUGAGCAACUUUAUUUGCUUUAUUUUUCUGCUUGUUGCAGAAUUGUUUUUUAAAGCCUCAAGAAGGUGCUAUAGGCCAACAAGCUAUCAUUAUAUGUGUAAAGAGGUUUUCCUUUGGUUGUGUUAAUGUUAGUGUAAGGGCAUUUAUUGGAGAAAUGAAAACAUAUUGUGUUGUCUGCAGUCCUCCCUAGAGCUCCUCCUGUCAUUUUGCUCCACCAGAUUUUUGGUUUUGCUCCAAAUCUGCGUCUGUCAGACUAAACCCUCCACUAAAACCUCACAUCAGAUACUUGAAGUUAUUUCAGUCUUUUUCAGAAUAUCUUUCCUCCUGUAAUGCUCUAGACUGGCCAGUUACACUUGUACAUAAUAAAUAUAUUACCAAUAUGCUAACUGGUUGCUCGAGUUACUGUUGCGUAGUUUUUCCUGUCCACUUCUGAGUUCAUGCUGCGUGUAAAUAAGCCUGUUUUGUAAAUACUCCUCAGAGAAUCAAAGGAAAAACACAAUGUAUGACAUGACCUGGUUAUUGUGUUAUGUUUUUUCUUUUAUAUAAAUCUUAUAAAAAGUUAAAGCUUCA